AGACUCUCCCAGCACCGCGCCCACCAGCCCCGCUCAACAUCGUCCUCGUCGCCCACGCGUCGCCGCCAAUCUGCAUCUACUCACCCACGCCCACCAGCCGACCGACGCCAUUGCGAUGGACCAGGACGCGUCAGGCUCAGGUGGAUGGCGCUUUGCCCAGUGUUUCGGUGACAAGGGUGAUGUCGAGGAUAUCACAGAAGCCGACAUCAUCUCCGCCGUCGAGUUUGACUCAACAGGCAACUAUCUUGCAACAGGAGACAAGGGUGGACGCGUCGUCCUCUUCCAACGUAACGAGUUGAAAAAGGGCUGCGAGUACAAGUUCUACACCGAAUUCCAGUCCCACGAACCCGAGUUCGACUACCUCAAGUCCCUCGAGAUUGAGGAGAAGAUCAACAAGAUCAAGUGGUGCAAACGACAGAACGCCGCGCACUUCCUCCUCUCUACGAACGAUAAAACGAUCAAGCUAUGGAAAGUGUUCGAGAAGUCGUUGCGGGUGGUAUCCGAGACCAACAUGCACGAUGGCCAACAAGCUCUUGCACCACCAAUGGCCGCACAGGGCCUCAAGCUUCCGCGCAUGACACCGCAAGACCAGAUAACCGCCGCCGUGCCACGGAAGGUCUACUCCAACGCACAUGCAUACCACAUACAUUCCAUAUCCGUCAAUUCUGAUCAGGAGACGUACAUCUCUGCAGAUGAUUUGCGGGUCAAUCUGUGGAACCUGGAGGUCAGCGACCGCAGUUUCAACAUCGUGGACAUCAAGCCAGCGAACAUGGAGGAGCUGACAGAGGUCAUCACGGCGGCCGAGUUCCAUCCAAACCACUGCAACCUGUUCAUGUACUCGAGCUCAAAGAGUAACAUGAAGCUUGCGGACAUGCGGGAAUCCGCAUUAUGCGAUCGACAUGCAAAGCUGUUCGAGGAGGAGGAGGACCCAUCGAAUAGGUCAUUCUUCUCCGAGAUCAUCUCAUCGAUCUCGGACGUGAAGUUCAGCCAUGAUGGGCGGUACAUUCUCUCGCGGGAUUACCUAUCUCUCAAGAUCUGGGACAUCAACAUGGAGUCGAAGCCGGUUAAGACCAUCAGCAUCCACGACCACCUGCGGGGGAAGCUCUGUGACCUGUACGAGAACGACUGCAUCUUUGACAAGUUCGAGUGCACCUGGGGCGGGGACGACAAGCAUGUGCUCACGGGGUCGUACCACAACUACUUCCGGAUAUUCGACGUCGACGACAGCGGUGACGUCGUGCUGCAGGCAGACAAGUCCGCAUUCAAGGCGAAGAAGAUGGGCGGUCCUCUUCCUGGCAACAAGGCCGGCGCCAAGAACGGCGUGCGGCCCGGGGGUCUGCGAGAGAACAUGGCUAUGGACACGCUUGACUUCAACAAGAAGAUCCUCCACUCCAGCUGGCAUCCGAGGGAGGACACCAUCGCGAUUGCCGCGACGAACAACCUGUUCCUCUACAGCGCGGCGUGAACGCCACGUUGUAUGCAUACCCCCCAUGCCCUGCAUGCACAUGUCUCCCUAUGAUCCAUGCAAGCCGUCCCUCCUCGCACACCUACCCGUCGCCUGUCAUCGCCGGCAGAGCCGAGACUGACGCACAGAGAUACCGAGACCAGAAUAUAUCGUCAUCAGACGGACUGCCCCUCCCCGCAUUGCAUGUCUUCGUGCAUAUCGCCGCCGCCUUGCUGUCCUUUCCCUCUUCUUCCCUAUUUAGCGCUCAUUCUAAUGGUCCAUACCACCCAUUCCUCCACGCAACGUCAUCAUGGCUCUGCACCGACCGCAUCCUACUACUGUAUAUAUUUACCCGUGCGUCUCCCCUCGGUCUCUCUCGUCCCCUCCGUCGCUUGACUUGGCUGCACAUUGCGUCUGUCUGUAUCUUACCGCUCAUCAUCACUCGUUACCGGCUGGGGAAGUAGAAGCAAAGAAUGUACAUUGAAGAUCGAAGUAAAUAAAGGCUGUCACAUAUCUCGGAC